UCCUUAUAGUGCACCUACCGUAUCAAAUAUCAAUCCCCGGAUCAGGAUGUCUAAAACCCAAAAAGCCGGAUAUUUCCAUUUCAAGUUACACUGAUCUCCGACUCUCGCUUAAGUUCCAAUGGUCUCGUCGGAGGGCAGGAGCCCGGACCCGAACCCGAUCUGGAAGCUUCUCGGGUUCGGGUUCUGGGUGCAAGGGUUCAGGUGCUUCCCGUGGAUGGCCGUGAACUUCUUUCUGAAGGACGGGCUCAAUGUGGACCCCUCCACGCUGCAGCUCCUACAGAACUCGGCCAACCUUCCAAUGGUCGCCAAGCCCCUCUACGGCGUCGUUUCGGACGCCGUCUACGUCGCCGGCCAGCACCGCAUUCCCUACAUCGCCGUCGGAGCUUUAUUACAAGCAGUUUCAUGGCUAGCUAUAGCAAUGCUCUCCCCGUCAAGCACCUCUAUCUUCAGCAUCACCCUAUAUCUCCUACUUAGUAACCUUGGUGCUUCAAUAGCUGAGGUUGCUAAUGACGCAAUUGUCGCAGAGGUAGGAAAACAACUGACUUCCUCAUCUAAAAGUUCUCAACCAUCUUCCUCAGGAGAGCUCCAAUCAUAUGUUUGGAUGGCUUCCUCUGCUGGUGGAGUCCUUGGAAACCUCAUAGGCGGUAUUGCCAUUGAUCGAUGCUCCCCGCAAACUAUAUUCUUGUUUUCCGGCCUUCUCCUUGCUCUCCAGUUUUUCAUAACCAUUUCUGUUCGCGAAAGCUCUCUUAACCUUCCCAAGAGCGCAGCCGAUGCUGGGAUUAGAAAACAACUUUCAGACCUCUCAGUUGCAUUAAGAAAACCUGAGAUUGCUUACUCAUUAACAUGGUUUGCAGCAUCUUAUGCCAUGAUUCCAGCACUAACAGGCACCAUGUUCUUUUACCAGACACAGUAUUUGAAGAUUGAAUCAUCGGUAUUGGGUCUCUCUAAGGUCUUUGGUCAGGCAGCGAUGCUUCUGUGGAGCAUCAUUUACAAUCGUUACUUGAAGUCGGUCCCACCCAGGAAACUGAUUUCAGCCAUUCAGGUAUUGAUGGCGGUAUUUAUGAUAUCGGAUGUGUUGUUUGUUAAGGGGUUUUAUCGACAGAUGGGUGUCCCGGACUCUGCCUAUGUUGUGAUCUUCUCAGGCUUGCUGGAGGUUCUCUUCUUUUUCAAGAUUCUGCCAUUCACAGUUCUGAUAGCGCAGUUCUGCCCUCCAGGAUGUGAAGGAUCUCUAAUGGCAUUUGUCAUGUCUGCCAUAGCCCUUGCAUUCAUAGUGAGUGGAUACCUUGGCGUUGCACUUGCAUCCUAUGUUGGGGUUACAGGAAAUGAUUUUUCAGGACUCCCGCUUGGUCUCCUCAUACAGGCAGUGUGCACGAUUUUGCCACUUUAUUGGUCGUCGUGUAUAUCUCACUAUGUGAAAUCCAAAUCCAGGAGGAAAAAGGAGUGACUCGUGAUAAUAGUAUUCUGCACAACAUUUAUUUAUUUAUUUUCAUUUCUUUUGGUAUAUACUGUCAUUCUCAAUAUUACCGUGUUUCAAUUAACAAAUAAUCGUGUUUAGAUUUCUCAAAGUUGAGUCUUUUUUUAGCUUAUUAGGUGUAUUCAUACAAUGGCGGAGGAUUUGAAUGCUACAUUCUAUAGAGGGCCUUUUGUUCCGAAUUGUGUAUCGAAUGUCUAUUUAUGUAAUCUCCUUUUUGGUUGGAA